AUGUGUGGCUGUGGAGGAGCCCUUUGGCAGCUGGGGAAGAGGGGCCGUCCUGUCCACAUUGCAGAGAGCUCCAAAGUGCUCAUGCUGGCCAUCAGCUUCCUGUUAUUUGAGCAGGCAUGGGAGAUCGGGGAAUGGGGAGCAGGGAAGAGAGCUUGGGGCUCCCUCUUGCUGCAGAGGCAAAGCCAGGAGCAGCCCCUCCCGGUGUCCUGCUGCCACUCGCGCAGCCUCACGGCACCCCAGAGUGCAGCAGGCAGCCCUGGGCACCGAUCACGGGCGGCCACACGGGUGGGAGGUGAUGGGGCGCGGCUGUUAAUGAGUAACUGGCACCGCCACCUUUCACCAGCCCGGGUGGAGCGGAGCGGGGCCGGACGGCAGCGGGGCCGGGUGGGAGCCAGGCCGGGUCCCGGGCGCUGCUGGCUGCGGGGCCGGCUCCUCCUCUGCGUCUGGUCACUGGUGAUGGGACACCCCUGCAGCCUUGACCACCAGGGGCUGGAGGUGAGGAUCCGGGGGAGGAAAAGGAAGGCCCUCUGCAAACUGACCCUGUAUGACAACUGCCCUGUAUGGAAGGACAGGGUGGUGACCACCUGCUGCCUUUCCCAUCUCAGACAGCAGCUCUUUUCCCAGGGAUGGGCUGACUGCAGUGGGAAGAGCCUUCAACAUGCUCCAAGUUCCCUUCCAAGAAACAUCACCAGUUUGGACCUCUCCUUCAACUCCUUGAUUGUGCCCCAUCACAAGACUCUCUUGAAGCAUUUCCCUUCCUUGUAUUCUCUCAACCUCUCCAGCAAUGACAAGCUCACACUGAGCCCAGCAGUCUUUUCCAACCUUGGGGCACUGCGUCUGCUGGACCUGAGCAGCUGCGGCAUCACCUACAUCCACAUGGACACUUUCAAAGGCCUGGGAAACUUGCACACACUGCUUCUAAGAAACAACAGCUUGCAAGGGCUUGAUGUCCCUUUCCUUUUGCCACUGAAGGCUCUUUUCCACCUGGACCUGCGGCACAACGCGCUGGUCUCUGUGGACACUUGGAGCCUGCAGCUGAUGGAGACAGUCCCCCGGGUCCGUCUGGAAGGGAACCCCUGGGUGUGUGACUGCAGUGCACGCCCUCUGCAGCAGUGGCUGCAGCACAGGCAAGCUGUGCAGGUGACCUGUGUGUCGCCCCCAGGGCUGAGGGGCCAGGAGAUUGCAGCUCUGGAUUCCCAGGACCUGAGCUGCCAGAUUAAGCAGCGGUUUGCUCGUGAGCUCAGCACAACACAGCAGAUCACAGUGACUGAGAACAACACCACUGCCCUGCCUGCCGGGAAGGGGGGAAGGAGCUGGCCAUACCUGGUGGGAUUCAUAGUGACAGCAAUUGGCAUCUCCAUCCUGAUCACACUGGCUGCUAAGUGCAAGCUUGUCCACAAGAACUUUGCCAGCUACCGCCACCGGCCACUGCCCGAAAUCAGCUCCAUUGGAGGCAGCCCCAUGGAGGAUAGCAGCAGCUGGGACAGGGGCUCCAUACCUGAUGCUGCUGACCUUCAAGCUGAGGAUGAUGAUGGCUUCAUCGAGGACAACUACAUCCAGCCCAGUGAGCAGCUGCCAACUAAAGAUGAGCGGGAGUUGCAUCGCUCUGUCUGA